AUGAAGCAUUCGCAAUGUCCUGGCCCAGACGGUGUGGCACCUGCCUUUUUCAAGAUGAUCACGCAGCACACUUUGCCCUCGCUCGCCCGUGUGCUUCAGAGUCUUUUCGACGUGGGAGCCGUUCAUGUUUCCUGGCAACACGCCUUGGUUACCCCUAUCCACAAGGGAAAAGGAAAGCCUACAGACGACGUCACGCAUUAUCGACCGGUUUCAAUAACAUCGAUCAUCUGCCGCACAUUCGAACGCGUGGUGAACGGCCAACUUCUCGACUUCCUCGAGGGCACUGGCUACCUAUCGCAGUCACAGCACGGUUUGAGACACAACCGUAGCUGCGAGACGGCCCUGGCGACCCUGAGCCAUUUCGUAAGCAACUGCAUCGACAAUCGCACCGAGACAGAUCUCGUUCAGCUUGAUCUCAGCAACGCGUUCGACACCCUCGACAUCGGUCUCCUGCUGCGCAAGGUGUCGGGCGCCGGCAUCCAAGGUUUCCUGCUGAAGUGGCUGUCGAACUUUCUGAGCGGAAGAAGCCAACAAGUCGUUUACCGAGUACGCGGACAACACGUCGAUAUUGGCCCCACUUACUUCCCCCGACACCUGCCUCCUCCUCCAAGACUACAUCAACAACAUAAAGGGCUGGGCGACUGA